UCCGUCUUGUCCGGCCCGGGAUGGGGAGGGAAGGGGGCGAAAAGAAGCCUCUGCGCGGUCGACACGGCUACCGAUCUCCCUGCGGCAGCACAACCACCACUGCCUCCGCCAUGCCGACCUCACCUCACGGGGACCGGGAUGCGCAUGCCCCGGGAGCACCCGGUCCGCUUCUCCUUCUUGCCCGGGCGCGGCGCCGUGCUGGUUGGGGUUCCGCGGCUCCACGGCGAAGGGAUUUUAGUGGAAGCUGUGGUCUUGUCGGGAUGAGUUUUCUGCUGCCCAAGCUGAGCUGUAAGAGGGAAGUGGAUCAGGCAAUAAAAAGCGUUGCCGAGAAGGUUUUGGUUCUCCGGUUUGGGAGAGAUAACGAUGCUGUUUGCCUGCAGCUUGAUGAUAUUCUUGCAAAGACAGCUCAUGACCUAAGUAAAAUGGCAGUCAUUUACCUUGUGGAUGUGGACAAUGUUCCUGUGUACACCCAGUAUUUUGACAUCAGUUAUAUUCCAUCUACUGUAUUUUUCUUCAAUGGACAACACAUGAAGGUUGAUUAUGGGUCUCCAGAUCAUACCAAAUUUAUAGGAAGCUUCAAAACAAAGCAAGACUUUAUAGAUUUGAUUGAAGUGAUUUACCGUGGAGCAAUGCGUGGGAAGCUCAUUGUGAGAAGUCCAAUUGAUCCCAAUAACAUUCCUAAAUAUGACCUUCUCUACCAAGGAAUUUAAGAGGCUGGCCCAAGAUAAAGUAUUUACAGAAAUGACCGAUGCUACAGAUCCCUUUUUUUCUUCAAGCAUUUUUAGCCACCUCUGAUGCUGUGGGACAGUUUAAGCAUUUGUGCUGAAGGAUCAUAUUGGUCUCCUUCUGAAGACAGACAUUCUGUCACCAUAUACUUAUCUUGUAAAUAAAUCUGCAUGUUCAGGCAA